AUGCCGACCCAAUCCUCCUUCCCCAAUGUUGAAAUACCAGACGUGGACCUCUGGGCCCUCAUGUUUGACCGCAAAGACCGUGAUUUCUCAGACGACAAGAUCAUCUACCGCAGCGCGACAGAUGCCAAUCGACAUUACACAUUCGCACAGGUCAAAAGCCUGGCCACAACCUUUGGCGAAGGCCUUCAAAAUCUCUGGGACUGGCAACGGACGGAUGUACUGGCUUUGUUUGCCCCAAACGAUAUAGACAUCCCACCUGUGAUCUACGGCGCCUUUUUCGCUGGAGGCAUUGUGACGCCUGCGAAUCCAGGAUACUCGGCCGAUGAGUUGGCAUAUCAAUUGGAGAAUUCAGGGGCGAAGGGUUUAGUGACGACAAAGCACUUUAUUGAGACGGCGCUGACGGCAGCGGAAAAGGUGGGAAUCAAAAGGGAUCGCGUGAUUCUGCUGGGUAAAGAUAAGGAUAAAAACCAUCGGGUGAAGCACUGGACGAACAUCAGGAAGACUUCGGGGGCGUUGAGGUAUAGAAGGAAAAAGGCGAAGCCAGAGGAUUUGUCGUUUUUGGCGUAUAGUAGUGGGACGACGGGUUUGCCAAAGGGAGUCAUGCUAACGCAUCGGAACAUUGUUGCGGAUCUGCUCAUGGCGCAAGGAGCAGUCGGACAUUGGUAUACAUCUGCCGAUGACAAGUUUCUGGGCGUGCUACCGUUCUUCCAUAUCUAUGGGCUCACUGGCCUAGUGCACCAGGCGCUCCAUCGAGGGAUCGAGGUCGUGGUGAUGCCUGGUUUCGAUAUGGAGCCCUUCUUACGGACCAUACAAGACCACAAGAUAACCUUUAUCUAUGUUGCGCCCCCCAUAAUUGUGCGGUUAUCCCGAGACACACUGGUCGACAAGUAUGACCUUUCGUCUGUCAAAAUGAUGACGAGUGGUGCUGCCCCUCUGUCCAAAGAACUCGUUGAUGCAGUACACAAACGCCUGAACAUCAAGAUCAACCAAGCUUACGGGCUGAGCGAAACAAGUCCUAUGACACAUACUCAGCCCUGGAACGAAUGGUACACUUCAGUAGGCUCAGUCGGCAAGAUGUUUCCCAACAUGACUGCGAAAUACAUAUCCGCCUCCGGCAGCGAGCUUGGCCCAGGAGAAGCUGGAGAGCUCUGGCUCAGCGGUCCAAACAUCUUCAAAGGCUAUUGGAAAAACGAGGCCGCUACCCGGGACUCGAUAAUGGCAGAUGGCUUCUUCAAAACAGGAGACAUUGGCUUCCAAGACGCAGAACACAAUUUCUACAUUACAGACCGCGUCAAGGAACUCAUCAAAUACAAGGGCUUCCAGGUCCCUCCUGCAGAGCUCGAGGGCAAAUUGAUGGAAAGCGAAUUCGUAGACGAUGUAGCUGUCAUUGGCGUAGCGGACGAGGAACAACACACCGAAGUGCCACGCGCGUACAUUGUGCCCUCGCAGCCUACAGCUGGGGAGAAAGAAGCACAAGCCAUUGUAUCCUGGCUAGGCAAGAAAGUUGCAAGCCACAAGCGCAUCAGAGGCGGGGUCGUCUUCGUGAGCGAAAUCCCAAAGAGCGCAAGUGGCAAGAUAUUACGGCGUUUGUUGAAGGAGAGAAGUAAGGCCGAUGUGCCACUGGGUAUGGUCGAUGUGACUACGAGGGAGAAGGCGAAGCUUUGA